AUGGACACUUCAUCCAAAGAAAAUACACAGUUAUUCUGCAAAAGUUCAAUGCGACCUGUUGGGCGACCUUCCUUAACGACAGAAUAUUCUUCCUCAAAGGAGAAACAACAAUGCUGUGGUGAACUGAAGGUAUUUUUGGGUGCCUUGUCUUUCGUUUACUUUGCCAAAGCAUUGGCAGAAGGCUAUCUGAAGAGCACCAUCACUCAGAUAGAGAGAAGGUUUGAUAUACCCUCUUCACUGGUGGGAGUUAUUGAUGGUAGUUUUGAAAUUGGGAAUCUCUUAGUUAUAACAUUUGUUAGCUACUUUGGAGCCAAACUUCACAGGCCAAAAAUAAUCGGAACAGGGUGCCUAAUCAUGGGAGUUGGAACACUGCUCAUUGCAAUGCCUCAGUUCUUCAUGCGGCAGUACAGAUAUGAAAAGUAUUCUCCUCUCUCUAAUUCCACUCUCAGCAUCUCUCCAUGUCUCCUGGAGUCAGACAAUCAAUUACCUAUCUCAAUUACAGAAAAAUCACAACCCAAAAGAAGUGAUGAAUGUGAAAUUGAUGCCAGUUCUUCCAUGUGGGUUUAUGUUUUCCUGGGGAACCUUCUUCGCGGAAUUGGGGAAACUCCUAUUCAGCCUCUAGGCAUCGCCUACCUUGAUGAUUUUGCCAGUGAAGACAAUUCUGCUUUCUAUAUUGGGUGUGUGCAGACGGUUGCAAUUAUAGGACCAAUCUUUGGCUUCCUGCUAGGCUCAUUAUGUGCCAAACUGUAUGUUGACAUUGGCUUUGUAAACCUGGAUCAUAUAACCAUUACUCCCAAGGAUCCUCAGUGGGUAGGUGCUUGGUGGCUGGGUUAUCUAAUAGCAGGAAUUGUAAGUCUUCUUGCAGCUGUGCCUUUCUGGUGUUUACCAAAGAGUCUACCUAGACCCCGAAGUAGAGAGGAUUCCAAUUCCUCCUCUGAGAAAUCCAAGUUUAUUAUGGAUGAUCAUCCAGACUACCAAACACCCCUUGGAGAAAAGUCAAAAAUAAUGGAAAUGGCAAGAGAUUUUCUUCCAUCACUAAAGAAUCUUUUUGGAAAUCCACUGUACCUGUUGUAUUUGUGUGCAAGCACUGUUCAGUUCAACUCUUUAUUUGGAAUGGUGACCUAUAAACCCAAAUACAUUGAGCAACAGUAUGGGCAGUCAGCCUCCAAGGCCAACUUCGUUAUUGGGCUCAUCAACAUACCUGCAGUGGCCUUUGGAAUAUUCUCUGGGGGAAUAGUUAUGAAAAAGUUCAGAAUCAGUUUGUAUGGAGCUGCAAAACUCUACUUGGGAUCAUCUGUUCUUGGGUACCUCCUAUUCCUUUCCCUGUUUGCACUGGGCUGUGAAAAUUCUGAUGUGGCAGGACUAACUAUUUCCUACCAAGGAACCAAACCUGUCUCUUAUCAUGAACGAGCUCUCUUUUCAGAUUGCAACUCAAAAUGCAAAUGUUCAGAGACAAAGUGGGAACCUGUGUGUGGUGACAAUGGAAUCACAUAUGCAUCACCGUGUCUUGCUGGUUGUCAAGCCUCCACCAGGAGUGGAAAAACUAUUAUGUUUUAUAACUGCACCUGUGUGGGAAUUGCAGCCUCAAAGUCAGGAAAUUCCUCAGGCAUGGUGGGCAGAUGUCAAAAAGACAAUGGAUGUCCCAAAAUGUUUCUCUAUUUCCUUGUAAUUUCAGUCAUCACAUCCUAUACUUUAUCCCUAGGUGCCAUACCUGGAUAUAUAUUGCUUCUGAGGUGCAUUAAGCCACAGCUUAAGUCUUUUGCCCUGGGAAUCUAUACCUUAGCAGUAAGAGUUCUUGCAGGAAUCCCAGCUCCUGUGUAUUUUGGAAUUUUGAUUGACACUUCAUGCCUCAAAUGGGGAUUUAAAAGAUGUGGAAGUAGAGGAUCCUGUAGAUUAUAUGAUUCAAAUGCUUUCAGACACAUAUAUCUGGGAUUAACUGUGAUGCUGGGCACAGUGUCCAUUUUCCUAAGUAUUGCAGUACUUUUCACUUUAAAGAAAAAUUGUGUUUCAAAACAUAGAAGCUUCAGAACCAAGACAGAAGGAACAAUGGUGUCUACAACAAUCAGGAAGGAAAACUGUAUUACAAGUGAUCAUUUGCUACAACCCAACUACUGGCCAGGCAAGGAAACACAGCUUUAGAAAGAUUACGACUUGAAGCCAUGUUUUUCUAAUUUCUGGAAACUCUGUAAACAAAUAGAUUUCAAUCAAAAGGGUUUUAAAAGUGUACUUUUUUUUCCUUUCAAAAGAUGUUUUGGAUUUGACCCUUGGUAUUAGAUCAGAUACCUGAUAACAAAUAUAAUUAAAUACAUAACAGAAAAAUGUAGAUAAUAAAGCUAAUCUAAACCUUUUAAUUAAUCAUUAUUUAUAUAAAUUCCUUAUAUUAUUUACUCAUUCUGUUUAAUUUUACCUUGUGCCCAUUGAUACAGUAGCCAUAUUCCUAGUAGAACAAGUGCCUAAUAAUCUAAUGGCUGAGUAUAAUUUCUAAACUAAGAUACAUGUCAAGGAGAAGAGACUACUGUUAAAAAAUAAAAUUAUAUCUUGACCUCCUUUAAGUAUGACAAUAAUGAAGAUGUUAGGAUAAAGUCAGAACAUGUAGAGAAAGAUAUUUUUAA